AUGUCUUCAACAACGCGUCCAAUCGUUUUCAUGGAUAUCAAUAUUGGAGAGACACCAGCGGGUAGAAUAAAAAUGGAGCUCUUCAGUGACGUUGUCCCAAAAACUGCUGAGAACUUCAGGCAGCUGUGCACUGGCGAAUGCAGACGUGAUGCGCGACCCCAGGGUUACAAAAAUGCGACUUUCCAUAGCGUACCGAAUUUCAUGUGCCAGGGUGGAGACUUUUUGAACGGUGACGGAACAGGAUCGUUCUCGAUAUACGGAAAGAAUUUCCCUGAUGAGAAUUUCCAAGAGAAACACAUUGGACCUGGCUUACUUUCUAUGGCAAAUUCAGGCCCAAAUACAAACGGAUGCCAGUUUUUCAUAACCACAGCAAAAUGUGAUUUCUUGGACGGAAAGCAUGUGGUAUUUGGCAAGGUCAUCGACGGCAUGUUGACGCUUCGUAAAAUCGAGAAUGUCCCUACGGGACAGAACAACAGACCAAAGUUGGUCGUGAAGAUCGUUGAGUGUGGGGAAAUGUAA